ACAUCCCACAGUAUCAGCAUGUGCAUAUACGCUCUACCACUCAACCUUAUGACACACCCUUUAAGUUGUUAAUUGUAUUUGCCAACCCUUGAAACCAGUCAUAAACAAUCUUGACACUUAUGAUAAAACCUAUACAGGGCCUCCGGUGAUAAUAAAUACAAAACACCAGGUACCAAUUUAUUCACUUGAUGAUACAGAACCCACGUCUUUCCACUCCACACAUUUCUCCUAUUUCAUUGCCCACUUCUGAUGUCCCCCGCCGUGAUAUUGCUGGAAUAUUGCUAAAAGCGGCGUAAAACCAUACUCACUCACUCUUAUUUCAUUGGUUUGUCCCCGAAGCGCGAUUCAAGGACACCCGUGAAAGAACCUAAACAGGGCCCCACUGGUUCGCCUCGUCACGGUACGGGGCGCUCACCGCAAGCGAGAGGAGUCACUGUUGUACAUUUCACCUGAGCGGAUUCACAUGCGGCUAAAGACGUAAGAGGAGACAACUCUACAUUCGCACCAUUCACAGAUUACCACGCAUGGGCAGUUAAUGCAGGGCUAAUUUCAACAAAAAGAAGAUGUUAGCAGCUUUCCUCGAGUUGUCCCAGAUGUGGCAAUGCGCCAUCAUCGGCGUCACAGCGGGGCUCUUCACCCUGUGGUGGACACGCCCUUUCCCAAGACUACCCCCGGGGCCCAGGGGCCUUCCGUUACUCGGCAGCCUUCUAGAUUUAAAAGAUGAUACCCUUGAGACGCUGUAUGAGUGGGCAAGAUAUUUUGGACCCUACAUGACGGUUUACAAAGGCCGUGUUGCUACCAUGUAUCUCAACACCAGGCAGGCCGUGGAUGAAGCAUUCGUCAAGCAACAGUCUGCCUUCACAGCGCGACCACAAUCUUACUCAGUUAAACAGAUGACCUGUGGUCAGAAGGGCAUCCUGUUCUCAGACUACACGCCCACACUGCAGCACCAGCGGAAGGUGACAAGUAUGGCACUCAGGUCCUACACGUUCUUGUCGGGUUUCCAUCUUGAGGACAAGAUCCACCAGUCUGUGACGAAGGCGAUGGAGCUGCUGAAGACGGAGAAGACGGCGGUGGAUCCCCUGCCCUACUUGUCCCUCAUCGACGUGAACAUCAUGUGUGGUGUCUGCUUCGACAAGACGCAUGAUAUAGGCAGCAACGACUUCAGAAAGUUUAUGGCGCUCCUGGACGACUACAGCAAGCUGACGGGAUCUUUUUUCUGGGAGGAUAUUAUCCCGCCUCUGAAGUGGCUACCAACACCAAGAUUUAAUAAGAUGCUCACGACCGUCAAGAAAUUAAAGAAUUACAUUGAAAAGAGAGUCGAGAUGCAUAAAGAAACAUUUAACCCAGAGAACAUACGGGAUGUGUUAGACGCCAUCUUGUUGUCCCAGCUUGAAGAUGAGGAGGAGGAAGUGGAAGUAUCUCAGCGUCUGACAGAUGAUCACGUGGUGCAUACGAUACUGGACAUGUUCAAUGCGGGUAACGAUCCUGUCCGAUUGACGUUGUCGUGGACGUUGCUGUAUCUGGCUGUUCACCAGGACGUUCAGGAGAAGGUCCAUCAGGAACUGGACGAGGUGCUAGAGUCCCGGUGCAUGGCCAACCUUGUAGACCGCCCCUAUCUGUGCUACCUCCAAGCUGUGAUAUACGAGAGCAUGAGGCUUAGCACUGUCGUUCCUUUCGGACUACCCCACAGGGCUAUAACAGACGCUACAAUAGGGCCAUAUGAUGUUCCCAAGAACUCAAACGUCCUGAUAAACCACUGGGCCAUCCACCACGACCCAGACCAUUGGGAGGACCCGGAGACUUUCAAACCAGAACGGUUCCUGACGGAGGAAGGGAAGGUGAAGACCAACCUCACUCACUUUCUCCCCUUCGCUGUCGGACGCAGAGCAUGUUUGGGGGAGCACGUGGCCAAGCCAGAGCUCCACCUCGUCCUAGCCGGACUACUGAAGAACUUCCACAUAUCCCCAGAAGAUGGUGUUGAGCCAAGGCUGGACCCUAUCUUCAAGGCAGAGAAAAAUAUGCCGAGAGACUAUAAACUUAUUUUCAAGAUAAGAUCAUAACAUAUCCUGAGGUUUCAAUGGAUCUUGCCACGCAUGAAUUUGUGCUUCACUUUGACAGGUUUAUAUCAACGUAUACAUUAUGCAACUGAUUCACUCAUGACAUUUUGUAUUUAUAUAUUUUCAAGCCCGUACUCAUUUCUUGAAUAAAUAUUUUUUCAAAGA